AUGGCGUCUACAGCCGGUGGCCUUGCACGGCUGCAGCUGCGUCAAUUUGUUCCCAAAGGCGGCAUUAUUUCGACUCCUUCGUGCUCCUACUCGACCACUGCUGCUGCUGCUGCUGCUUCCGUUGCGUCAUCGGCAUCUGGAGCAGCUUUUUCGGGCCAACGCGCCAUCGAGCGUCGCAAGGUUCGAUCCUCACCCAGGUCGGAAAUAGGCCGAAGAAAGUUUGGCUCUUCGGCAUGCAAAUCUAGCUCCUGGCCCGAAGGAGCCGUCGGACAGGCCGAAAGCGACGAUCUUCUCACCACUUCAAAGGGAAAAGGAAAAGCAGUGACUUCGAUCCCUUUGCCUCCUCGCAGCAAGACGAUCGCCGACAUUCAAGCACUCAAGCAUCGACCGGAAGGAAGCAUCCCCAUUGUCAGCUUGACUGCGUACGACUUCCCUACGGCGCUCUCCAUUCGAUCCGCCCACGUCGAUAUGUGCUUGAUUGGUGAUUCGCUCGCCAACGUCGCUCUGGGCUAUACGUCGACGCAGCCGCUUUCGCUCGACGCCAUGAUCCAUCACUGCCAAGCGGUCAAGCGAGGGCUGGACGCGCCGCUGUUCGCAAGUGCGAACCUGCUCGACGGUUUACAGCUGCCACCGCCGCCGCUCGUAAUUGCAGACAUGCCAUUCGGGGCUACAUUUGGCUCCGUCGACUCGGGCGUUGCGGCAGUGGUGAAGUUGAUCCAAGAAACGGGCAUCGACGGCAUCAAGAUCGAAGGCUCGUACGAAGUCAUCCCGCUCAUUCAGCGUCUCACGGACCACGGCAUCCCCGUCAUGGGCCAUUUGGGCCUGCAACCUCAGCGUGUCGGUGCGACGUCGGGCUACCGCGUGCAGGGUAAGACCGCCCAACAGGCCAAAGACAUGCUCGACGCCUCGCUGGCCCUCGAACGAGCAGGUUGCUUCAGUAUUGUGCUCGAAUGUAUCCCUUCACGUGUGGGGCAGUAUAUCAGCUCAAAACUGGCGAUCCCCACCAUCGGCAUUGGCGCAGGCAGCAAAACGGACGGGCAGAUCCUCGUCAUGAACGAUAUGAUCGGCGACCUGACUGGUGCUGGACACGUGUUGGCUGCUCUCACCGGGAACAGCGAGCAAAUGGUGGCAGGAGAAGCACUGUCGCCGCCAGCACCGAGCCCGUUAACCCCGCCCCCGCCCAAGUUUGUACGGAACUUUAGUUUGGCCAGUGGCACGUCGAUCGGCGCGCUCAGGAUUGCGGCCGUCCAGGCGUACGUUGAAGCUACGAGGCAGGGGGUUUUCCCAGACGAUGACAAGGAGGGGUACAAGAUCAAGGCAGAUGAAUGGAGGGCUUUUUUGCAGCUGGUUGGCGAGCAGGCUUAG